AUGUGUGAGAGGACAAAAGAUGACUUUGUUUCAGUAUAUAAGAAAACGUACAUCAGAAAAUAUGGUUUCAGACCUGAACCGAUACACCAGGAGAAUAAGGAUUACAAGGAUGUGUUAUCAGGGCCGUACACAGAGUAUGUGUUACCAAACACCCAUGUCUCGUUGGAGCAACCGUUUGAACAAAUGCAACAUUACUAUGAAAAGGUAAUCAAAAGCCACCCAAAAAUUAAGAAACACUUAAAUAAGCUGCCUGAUGAAGCUGUCAUUGCAGCAGACUUUGCCAAUAGAGGACGUACGGUGUACCAAGUUGACUAUUGUAACAUCGAAGAUGGGUUUGAGUCGGCCAAGAGUCGUGCCAGACGUCGUGUCAGUUUGCCGCCAGACUGGGGAGAGAUACCAUGCACGACACAGCAAGCUUCGUUCCGCCCUCCCACCAAGAUAGCUUCGUUUAAUCUACAUGUUCCUCCAGUCGAGCCUCCCAAGUCAGCACUGCAGCCUAAUCCGAAAGAGAGGGAUAUCUUGAAGGUGACCACAGGUUUGUCAGAGUAUGAGGCCAAGAUUGGAGUCCUCGGUGAUCUGAUCCAGAAGGAUCGUCUGCAUGGGGAACAUCAGGAAAAUCUUGAGUGUCUCAAGUACCAGCAGAUGCUGCAAGACUUCAGAGUCGAUGUCACAUCAAAGUAGAGACUCUGUGACAAUCAUUUCAUUUCAACAUUGAUAAUUUUUUGAUGAAAAUAAAUUUUUUUUAUCCUGCUGUUUGUUUGG